AUGCGAUUCUUUACUACCCCAUUCAGUUACGUUGUCUCGAUGCUGUCAUCAUGUUCCCCAAUUAUGCACUCUUUCAAGGCGCGGGCAUACUCGGCUCUCGUGAGUUCAAGACUCCCUAGCUACAGAUCGAUCGUCAACAGUCGUCUCCACCGCAGAGCAAGCACAAUUCUAACUUCCUCAAUCCACGCUGAUGAGUAUAUUGGCAAAUCUGGCCGUCAUUAUAAAGUUGAACGGGCUCUUCAGGAAGAAUCAUCUCCGCCACGUCAGGUUCUCCUUGCAACCGCUGGUGAUCAGAGAUUCAUAUUGAAAUAUAUCCACGAGGUCAAUUUCGAAGACCUUCAGGACGUAAACAGAAGAUUACGCAACAAUACCAGCCAUGUUCGUCUUCCUCAGGAUAUCAUCCCUGAUAAAUCAAUGUUUGUGUUUGAAUACUUCACCGGUCAUCUUCUACACCUAGCUCAACAGGACUUGUCUCUUGGAACAAGAAAGAAACUUCUCAAGGAAGCUCUUCGUGGGAUUGCCGAGAUACAUGACAGAGACAUUGUUCACACAGAUAUUAAAGCGGACAACUUCUUCGUCAACUGGAAACAGUCCGAUGACGGCAUCACCAUCGAUAAAGUCCAACUCGGCGACCUCGAAGACGCCGUCCACAUCCCCCCUGGCUCAUCCAUGCUUGGGAAGCAAGCAGGCAACUGGAUGUGGAGGAGUCCCGAAGCCCAUGCUAGAGGACGGGUGAAUAAACCGUCCGAUAUCUUCUCGUUCGCUCUUGUUUGUAUCUACGUGGUACAUAAACGGGUCAUAUUCGCAGUCGGAGACGACGAAUUAGAUGAAGGCAUAGACCGCUUAGCCGUCGUGAUUGAACGCCAGAUCUCCUACUUCGCCGACAACGAUGGAUUUCAUGGUUUUCUCGAAUACCUCGGUGACAAUCCCUGGGCCUCUGUCUUUAACAUAACCCUGAAUGGAUUUAAUCAGGACAACCCGAUCAGGCCAUUCUCUCUUUGGCAGGGAGUUGACGAUGAUUUUAAAAGCUUGAUUUGCGCCAUGACGAACCUUGAUCCAAGAAGGAGAAUUACAGCACGUCAGGCAUUGGUGCAUAAAUGGUUUGAUGGUGUGUGA